UAUUCGUUGUUUGUUGCUAUCAGUUCGGAGACCUUCCUCAAAAGGAAAUCUUUGAUUACUCGCACGUCCAGGGGCGUGCAGUUCUUCACCGUGGUCACCAUAGACAUGGCGCCAGAGCCACCACAGCUGGCAAUAGGGUCAACUUAUUGUUAUGGUAGAGCUGAGAAAGUACCAGAGGGACUUUUCCACUUUUCCAGCUGGUGUGGAGAGUGCCAACGUGAGAAGAGGGAGAGGCAACGACAGUCUGUUGCUGCAACCAAGCUGCUCCCGAACCCUAACAAUCCCAACCCAAAAUCGGCGAGGAGAAGCACACAAAGACAGAAAUCUGAAAACCCGAAUCCGACAAAACCCGACUCUGAAAACCUAGGGUUUACGAACAGAGCGACGAAAUCGAAGUGGUGUUUGCAUUAUCGAAAACAAAGCAAAGAAAAAAGUGAUAUUCGAGUUUACCUUGGCGAGGGAUGA